GCUCAUUUCUAGUGUGAUUGAUGAAUGGAUUUCUGGAAAGAAACAAAUUACAUCUGAGAAAGGAUCAGCGGGAGAAUUUGGCUGAUAGUGAUUCACGAUUAAGUAAUAGAGAAGACAAAUUAUGAAAGACUGCAUUGAAAGUAUUUGGUCAGAAGAGGUAUUACCUUAUUUGAGAAACUUUGAGAAACAGGAAAAACAUCCUAACAAAAUGUCAACUUUUCGAAAUCAUUGUCCACAUUUGGAUUCAGUUGGUGAAAUUACAAAAGAAGAUUUGAUACAAAAAUCACAUGGUACUUGUCAGGAUUGUAAAGUCAGAGGACCAAAUCUUUGGGCAUGCCUGGAGAAUAGAUGUUCAUAUGUUGGCUGUGGUGAGUCACAAGUGGAUCACAGCACUAUACAUUCUCAGGAGACAAAGCAUUAUUUGACUGUGAACCUUACUACUCUUCGAGUGUGGUGUUAUGCUUGCAGCAAAGAAGUAUUUUUGGACAGAAAAUUAGGAACUCAGCCUUCCUUGCCUCAUGUAAGGCAACCUCAGCAAAUACAGGAAAACACUGUCCAGGAUUUUAAAAUACCUAGUAAUACAACAUUGAAAACUCCUUUGGUUGCUGUAUUUGAUGAUCUGGACACAGAAGUGGAAGAAGAGGAUGAACUUAAGGCAAGAGGACUUACAGGUUUGAAAAAUAUUGGAAAUACUUGUUAUAUGAAUGCAGCUUUACAGGCUCUUUCUAAUUGCCCACCGUUGACACAGUUUUUUCUUGAUUGUGGAGGAUUGGCUAGAACAGAUAAGAAACCAGCGAUUUGUAAAAGUUAUCUCAAACUUAUGACAGAAUUGUGGCAUAAAAGCAGACCAGGGUCUGUUGUGCCUACUAAUCUGUUUCAAGGAAUUAAAACUGUAAAUCCAACAUUUCGGGGGUAUUCUCAGCAGGAUGCUCAAGAAUUCCUUCGGUGUUUAAUGGAUCUGCUCCAUGAAGAACUGAAAGAGCAGGUCAUGGAAGUAGAAGAGGAUCCUCAAACCAUAACUGCUGAGGAGACCAUGGAAGAUGACAAGAGCCAGUCAGAUGUGGAUUUCCAGUCCUGUGAAUCUUGCAGCAACAGUGAUAAAGCAGAGAAUGAAAAUGGCCCCAGAGGCUUUUCUGAAGAUAAUAAUGAAAUGACAAUGUUAAUUCAGGAUGAGGAAAACAAUUCUGAAAUAUCAAAAGACUGGCAAAAAGAGAAGAUGUGUAGUAAGAUGAAUAAAGUAAAUUCUGAAGGAGAAUUAGAUAAAGACAGAGAUUCUGUGUCUGAAACAGUGGACUUGAACAAGCAGGAAACUGUGAAGGUGCAGAUACAUGGCAGAGCCUCAGAAUAUAUCACUGAUGUCCAUUUGAAUGAACUGUCUACACCACAGAUCCUUCCAUCAAAUGAUGGUAUUAAUCCACGUUUAUCAACAAGCCCUCCUAAAUCAGGCAAUUUGUGGCCAGGAUUGGUACCCCCACACAAGAAAGCUCAGUCUGCAUCUCCGAAGAGAAAGAAACAGCACAAGAAAUACAGAAGUGUAAUUUCAGACAUCUUUGAUGGGACAAUCAUUAGUUCAGUACAGUGUCUGACUUGUGAUAGGGUGUCUGUAACCCUCGAGACCUUUCAAGAUCUGUCCUUGCCAAUUCCUGGCAAGGAAGACCUUGCUAAGCUGCAUUCGUCAAGUCAUCCAACCUCUAUAGUCAAAGCAGGAUCAUGUGGCGAAGCUUAUGCUCCACAAGGCUGGAUAGCUUUUUUCAUGGAAUAUGUAAAGAGGUUUGUUGUCUCAUGUGUCCCUAGCUGGUUUUGGGGUCCAGUAGUAACCUUGCAAGAUUGUCUUGCUGCCUUCUUUGCCAGAGAUGAACUAAAAGGUGACAAUAUGUACAGUUGUGAAAAAUGUAAAAAGUUGAGGAAUGGAGUGAAGUUUUGUAAAGUACAAAAAUUUCCUGAGAUUUUAUGUAUCCACCUUAAAAGAUUCAGACAUGAACUGAUGUUUUCCACCAAAAUCAGCACACAUGUUUCAUUUCCACUGGAAGGCCUGGAUCUUCAGCCAUUUCUUGCUAAGGAUAGUCCAGCUCAGAUUGUGACAUAUGACCUUCUGUCAGUCAUUUGUCAUCAUGGGACUGCAAGUAGUGGACACUAUAUAGCCUAUUGCCGAAACAAUUUAAAUAAUCUGUGGUAUGAAUUUGACGAUCAGAGUGUCACUGAAGUUUCAGAAUCUACAGUACAGAAUGCAGAAGCUUAUGUUCUUUUCUAUAGGAAGAGCAGUGAAGAGGCACAGAAAGAGAGACGAAGGAUAUCAAAUUUAUUGAACAUAAUGGAACCAAGCCUCCUUCAGUUUUAUAUUUCUCGACAGUGGCUGAAUAAAUUUAAGACCUUUGCUGAACCUGGCCCUAUUUCAAAUAAUGACUUUCUCUGCAUUCAUGGAGGUGUUCCUCCACGGAAAGCUAGUUAUAUUGAGGACUUGGUUUUGAUGUUGCCUCAGAACAUUUGGGAUAACCUAUAUAGCAGAUACGGAGGAGGACCUGCUGUCAACCAUCUGUACAUUUGUCAUACUUGCCAAAUUGAGGCAGAGAAAAUUGAAAAAAGAAGAAAAACUGAGUUGGAAAUUUUUAUUCGGCUCAAUAGAGCAUUCCAAGAGGAGGAUUCUCCAGCUACUUUUUACUGCAUCAGCAUGCAGUGGUUUAGAGAAUGGGAGAGUUUUGUGAAGGGUAAAGAUGGAGAUCCUCCGGGUCCUAUUGACAACACUAAAAUUUCAGUCACGAAAUGUGGUAAUGUGCUGCUCAGGCAAGGAGCAGAUUCUGGUCAAAUUUCUGAAGAAACAUGGAAUUUUCUACAGUCUAUAUAUGGUGGAGGGCCUGAAGUUAUCCUACGACCUCCAGUUAUUCAUGUUGAUCCUGAUAUACUACAAGCAGAAGAGAAAAUUGAAGUAGAAACUCGAUCUUUGUAAUUUUGAGGAUGUAGAGUAUUCUAAUGAGAAAUCAUUUUCACUACCUUUGUCAAGUACCCAUGCAACAACAUUCCUUAAAGCAUGUUUAUUUUCUUGAUUUUUCAUCUUUUACCACAUUUAUUACUUCUUAUUGGGCAUUAUGGAAGAAUAUGUUAAAAUAUGUAAUAUACUAAAAGUUGCUAUAUUUAAUGCUGAAUAGCUUACCAUACAGUCUUUUGGUGUAAUAUUUUUGAAAGAGAGACAGUUGUGAUCAACUGGUAAUCAGUAGGUAUCUUUGUAUUACAUGCAGAUCCAUAAUAUCCUUUAGGGACGGGGAUUUAGCUCAGGGUGCCACCACCUGCCUUGCAAGUGCAAGGUCCUCAGUUUGAUCCCUGGUACCAUAAAACAAAACAUAAUAUCCUUUGUAGUGUUGUACAUAUUUUGGUUUUCAAAACUUUUCAUCUCCCUAACCUACCAUAACUGAUUAAUCUUUUCAUUUCUCUGGAAACCUAAUUUAAUUGUAUAGUUUUGACAUGGCUUAGUAUAUAUAACAAGGAGCUUAUUUUAUAUUCAGAGUAGCAGUCAGCAUAUUGUUAAUUUCCUAAAGCUCAGGAAACAUUAGUGUCACUUCUUUUGCACUGCAGCAUAUAAACUAGCAUAUUAAAAUUUACAAAAUGUCUUUUUUGAACAUAUCAUGAAUGUAUUUAGAUUGAGUGGAAUUUGUUAGCAGGUAUCAGUAACUUAUUGCCGCUUAUAUUGUAAAAUGUUAAACUUCAAUUCCUAUAACUCUGAAUAGUAUUCAGUAAUAGCAGUAAAAUUAGUUGUAGGCAGUUUUUUAUUUUGAGAGCAUGAAGUGUGGAAUGUGUCAAUGAGAUUGUUGAUAAAGCUGAAGCCACUUGCAAAAUGAUUUUUUAAUAAGAAAUACAUAGUCUUUUGGAAUUAUAUAUAGUAUGUGCCACUAUUUGCUUGAUUAUAUAAUGUCAAAAGUUUAUAUUCCAAGAACAAAAACCUACUGGAUUACAUUGAGAAUGUUGAAUAACGUUCUUGAUGGCUUUGUUUCAUUUC